AUGUGCGUGGAGAGCGGUGGGUACGUCGCGGGGUCGUCCCGGGCAGCGGCGCGGAUCUUCGGCGUCACAAUGGUGGUACUGCUCGGCCUGGUAGUCCCAAUUUACAGGCUCCUGUUCGAGGAGUGCAAGCUCAACCACGCGCACUACUCGGGCGCGCUGUCCUCGGUCCAAACCUUCCGCAUCCUGCUCUUUGCCUUCUCCAUGGGCUGGCUCGCGCGCGUGUGCUACCGACACGACCUCUGGUCCAUGCUCAUGCUCAGGUAUGAGGGCAAGUACACGCGGCCGCUGUGGGAUCGCGCCUCCGCGGUCGGGUAUGCCAACCUCGUGGGCCUCUUCGGCACCGAGAUCGCCGCGAUCCUCGUCCCGUUCUUCGUCGUCCACUCCAUCGGAUGCAUCUACUUCAUCGCACACCGGGAGUUCUGGGAGCUGCUCGACCCGUGGACUGGCGAGCCGAUCGGGCGGCCCGCGGCGUCCGCGGUGAUCAGCCUGGCGAUCCUGUCCGCGACGUACUCCCAGGCGGUGUUCCUCGUCCCGUGCGCGCUCUUCCGCCUGUGCUGCGCGCUGGUCCUCCUGCGCCUGCACCUCUACCACGGCGCGCUCACCAACGGCGUGCAGUCGUCGCGCCCGUCCGUCUCGGGCGCCCUCGACGCGCACGCCCCGGGCAGCGACACGGAGCUCCGCGCGCGCCUCCUCCGCGGGCAGUCGGACGAGCCCGCGCCGUCGCCCUCCGCGCCGCUCGACCGCGACGAGGACCUCAGCGCGCUGCUCAAGGAGCACACCGCGCUCAAGGAGCUCCUCAGCGCCAUCUCGCACCGCUUCCGGCUCGUGCUCGUCGGGUCCACCCUGCUCAUCGCCCUCGAGACCGCCUACAGCAUGUACUUCCUGAUGGUCGACACCAUCGAGGGACACGCCAAGCACCGCGAGGGCACGGAGUUCGCUGUGGCGGAGGACACGGCGCUUUCGGUGUAUCUGAUCCUGAACAACAUCGUGCACAUCGUGGGGGUGUGGGCGGUGGUGCGCGCAGCGACCGUCGUGACGCACCGCGCGCGGAUGAUCCCGCAGGCCUUCGCGUCGCUGCACCUGUCGCGCACGCUCGCCGGCGCGGGGGGCUCCACGGGGUACGAGCGCAGGCAGGCGUUCCAGGACUACCUCAGCAGCCACCCCCUGGGCCUGACUCUCUACGGGUUCUCAAUCGACAGGGACUUUUUGCGGUCGUGGCACAUGGUGGUGAUCUCGGCGGCGGUGUUCCUGACGUCGCUGUCGCUGCGUCCGCAGCACUCGACGGUCACGCCGAACGAGGGCUGA